AUGGACAGUACUAGAGGAACACAUGUUCCAAAACCCCUCCCUGCUCCGUGCUCUCUUUUACACACAAGCAAACCCAGCCUCUGUUAUGGCAGGGGCUGCUGCACGUUGGCAUUUUCCAAACAGCCGGGGCAUGCCACCUCCCUUUCUUCUCAGGAACAGACAGACAGACUGAACGGAGCUGAGCUGAGAGCAGACUGAAGUGGACUGUUAGACGUACACGCCCUCACAUCAGCAAGACAAAUUGGGGGAAACUGCAGGAGCACAUGUCACAAGAUACCAAGCAUCCAACCAGAUAAUGUGACGACAAAUUGUUGGGAAAACUGAAGACGCAGAGAUGAUGGAGGGACAAAAUGGGAGUAUUUUGCCUCAUAAGCCAAGAGAGAAUGGAAUCAAAGGGAAGCCCCCAUACUCAGUGGAAACCCCUUAUGGCUUUCGACUUGAUCUGGACUUUCUAAAAUACGUAGAUGACAUAGAGAAAGGCAACACAAUCAAAAGAGUCCCCAUCCAGCGCCGAAGCAAGGGCCCACGGGCAAGCACUUUACCCAGGAACCUCAACCCAUCUGGGGGUGGGCACCGCCCCAGUCCCUGGGGAUCCACCGGAGCUCUUGGUCCCAGGUCACGACUUUUGGACACCUAUCAUUAUGGCUACAAUUCCUCAGCAAAUGGUCACAGGUCGCCACUCUCUCCAACAGGACUUAAAAGCCUGGCUGAGAUGGAAGCCAGAAUCAAGGAGUUUGAUGAGCAACCUUUGGGUGAGCAUAUCAGGCCUCAUCUCCUCCGUGCAUCAAGUAUGCCACUUACAGUACUGCUGAGACAGAGUUCAGAGUCCACAGAUGACCCAGGAAGCCUCAGAAGUUCCAGGGAUCACCUUGGAGAAAGGAACGUCUCUUGUGAGGAUGUUUUUUAUUCCUCAGACAGCCCUCGACCACAGGAUUGCUCAGGGUUGAGGAGGCGCCUCACAGAGGCCCUUGAACGGGUGGCGGAACUUGAGAUGGAGAUUAGGGUAGUCCCAGAGCUAAGGGCUCAGAUCUGCAUUCUUCAGGAGGAAAGGGAAAGGCUUCAUCUGGGCCUAAAUCAGCAUACCCACCACCCUUCAAUGAAUGGAACCUCAAACUCAAUCCACUACGGGAUAGACAUCAAAAGACCACGGCAUGAAACUCAUAUCAUGUUCCCUAGAAAUCACACCUCUCGUCAAGAAGACCCUAACCCAUCACAUGAAUGGAGGACUAGUACAGAUCUGGAUGAGCUGCUGACGGUGACCUCCCUGCAGGCAAAGGUAGCUGUGCUGGAGCAGAAGCUCCAUGAAACCAGCCUGGAGUUCCAGCGGGCUUUAGGACUGCUUAAAGAACAGAGGGACGAGAGCAGGAGAAAAGAGGAAAAAAUUGAGCACCUGGUCAGGAACCCUGGAGUGUGGGUUCGAGCAGAGAGAGUGGUGGUAGACCAGGAUGGAGAUGAGACAGUGGUGAGAUCCAUUGAACCAUAUAAUCAAGUGUCAAGAAGUUAUGAGACACCAAACUCUGCAAUAACUGUUCAAAGUCAACCAAAGGACUGUGUUGAUUCCAAUGGAAGGAUCCAACUGGAGUCUGUUGGACCUGAGGGGGUUCCAGAAGAUGGCAUAGAUACAACAGUGGUCACCCACCAUAUCAAGAAGAUCAAGAGACUCCUGAAUCGACAGUGGGAGUGUUUGUGUGCAGACUACCAGUUACAAGAGGAGGGUAAACCGCUGAAGCACCCGGACCCCAAAGUUAACUCCCUGCAGCAAGAGAUGAUGGGGCUUGUUGACAUUCUCACCUCCUACUACACCCAACAUGAACACAGUGACGGACAGACAAUUCAACCUGGAGAUAUUGAGAGCCACAGAAUGCACGCCUCUAAAUCCAUCAUGAGGACAGACCCGUGUCCCCAGAUGUCAGAAAGCCUACGAUCUGGGGGUGAUAAUGAAAGGUGCAAAGCCACCACAAGUGGGAGUUAUGGGCAGAACUGUGUGACUCAGAGUGAGCGGAAGGAGGGUAGCUUCAGCCCCUGGGAGAUGGCUGCUGCCCAGGUGGACACUCACCCAGAGAUGAGACGGGUGAAGGAAGAGAAGCAAAUGAGCCCAGACAGGCAGAUGAUAUCAGGAGGACUGGGAUCAGUGUGGGCAGAUGGAGGUGUAGCGUCUGUGGAAGCUGAGACCCAAGAGAAAACAGUCAAGACAAAACCCCCACGAGAACAGAUGGAGGGGAGUCCUGGCUCAGAAACUGCCACCGGAGGCAGGGAUGUAGUGAAUGCAGAUUUUAUGGCUGCUUGUCAGUUUCUCAAAGAUCACAUGGACAACAUGGAUAACCCCAAUGAAGACAUGAGAAAGGCUUUGGUGGUCUGUUUUCAGCACUGGUUCAGUGCAGCUGCAGAGGAGACAUCAGAGGCAAGCAAGUUGGCUGUGCAGCUGAAAGAAGUAAAGAAGUCCACACCAUCACUGCUAGCCUUCUUGGUCAACCUAGCGGACGACAACAGCAACACAGUACUGCAUUACAGUGUGUCUCACUGCAACUAUGGCAUCGUCAGCAUGCUACUGGACACAGGUGUGAGUGAUUUAAAUCUUCAGAACAAUGCCGGCUACACACCAGUGAUGCUGGCCUCACUGACAGCACCAGAUGGCCCAGGUGGUAUGGAGGUGGUCCGCAAGCUGAUGGAGCUGGGCAACAUUCACACUCGCUCUAGCAAGACGGGCCAAACAGCUAUUCACUUGGCAGUGAGACACGGGCGAGUCGUGAUGGUUCGCCUGCUAUUGAGUUGUGGAGCGGACGCCAACAUCCAGGAUAACCAGGGAACAACCGGCCUGAUGUUUGCAGCAGAGCGGGGCCACACACACAUCGCAAGACUGCUACUCGAGAGGAGCCAGUGUGACCUCACGCUGACUGACAAGCGUGGUAGAACUGCACUCUCGAUUGCCAUGCAAGGUUCCCACACAGACACAGCCGCCCUCCUGCAGGCCCACGCUAAAGCUCGAGCUUUGUAGUUCUGAAAACUGGGAAAUAAUCUGCCGACGUGUGAUCCGCCCAUGUGCUAUGUUUCUGUCUAAGGACAAAAACACAGUCUAAUGUGGACUCUAUGUGCUUGGUUUGAGCUGUUUUUAUUUUUCUACUUUCUGGACAUUUGUGCAGAUAUAAGCUUGAUUUUAGGGGGGAUUACUUCAAGAUAUUGAUGAAUGAAGUAAAGCUAAAUCUGCCUGUCAUGAUUGCUGAUGCAGUAUAGGGCUUCAGUACAUGUGCUGAUUUCUGUUGUUUUUAAUGAUGACUUUCAGAGCUAUGUCUGACCUUUUCACAAAUCAGUAGCAUCUUUGCUUUGCAAACUAUGCAAUAUGAAAUAUAUAUUUAUUGUGAUGAGUUUAUUGCAGGACAGAUUAAUAUGUCAAAAUGUUGGUGCUUAUAACUUUAACUAUCACAGAUGCUCUAAAAGAUUUGGAACAGUAAGACUGAUACAUUAAUAAAGCAGCCAUUUCUUUAAGACGUGUCAAAUAUGCAAAGAAAUACAAAAUGCUGCACAGUGGGCACAACACCUGUUGUAAUAAUUGCUGUUUGCCAAUGCAUAAACUAUAUGUUUUUAAUAAAUUAGCAAAAAAGACGA